AUGAGACACAGAGGAGGAAAGAGGAGGCGCGUGGAGCCGAAACCAUUCGUUAUUUUGUGUGCAUUGGUGACUGGUUUGGGACUGUUGGUGCUCGUGUUCAGGCCCUUGGAAAAUGCCCCUCGGACUGCGGUGCCUUUCGCAAGAGCUUCGGAGAUCAACGGUUCUUCUUCCGACGGUGGGACGAGCGUGGUGGCGUUUCAGCGUGUGGGAAGGAAGGCGUGCAAGACUGUGGAGGAAAUGGGGGAGGAUUUCGGAAGAGGAGUAGGGAGAGAAUCUCUGAGAGUGAGAAAGAUUAUUGAAAAUCAUUUCGUUGCCAAUGGUGCUUCAAUAGUCAGAGAUUGGCCCCCAGAGAAGUUCUGUAGACAUGGCUUUGUUCUUGGGAAGACAUCUGAGGCGGGUUUUGGGAACGAAAUGUACAAGGUCUUAACUGCGGCAGCGCUUAGUGUAAUGUUAAACCGCUCCUUGAUCAUUGGUCAAACCAGAGGAAAAUAUCCUUUUGGAGACUACAUUUCUUAUUCCAACUUUACUUUUACGGUGAAAGAAAUCAAGCAUUUGUGGAGACACAAGGGUUGUGAAAGCAAAUAUGGGAGGGGACUGGUUAUGAGAAUUGAUGAUUUUAGUAAACCAGUAGAAUCAAAUGUUCUCUGUAGCAAUUGGAAGAAAUGGAAGCAACCUAUCAUAUGGUUUCAAGGCACUACUGAUUCGGUGCCGGCACAGUUUUUCUUAAAGAAUAUACAUUCUCAGAUGAGGACUGCUGCUUUCGAUUUGUUUGGUGACCCACAAGUUCCAGGUUUACGACCGAAUGUUUUUGGCGAGCUCAUGAGGGUUCUCAUAUCUCCUUCAGAAGAUGUUGAAGCUGCUGUAAAUUGGGCCAUUGGUGGUGGGGAGAAUCCUGACAUUUCAGUGCAUAUGCGGAUGCUUAUGAAUAGGUCUGGAAGGGCUGUGCAGGCAGUGUUGCGUUGCCUGAAAAAAGCCAUACGAAGUCAACAUCUAAUGUCAGCAAGACCAAAGGUGGUUUUGGUGUCAGAUACGCCUGCUGUUGUUAAAAGUAUCAUGUCCAUGUCUAACAUAAGUGAAUUUUCCGAGGUUCUUCAUUUUGAUCAUGCCCAAUUCAGAGGAAGUAUGUCUAAAGGUCUGCGCAUUUCAGAUUUUAGAAGGAAGGAUUGGGGUUCUGCGCCUAGAUGGGUUGCGUUUGUCGAUUUUUUUCUUGCAUCCCGUGCAAAAUAUGCUGUCAUUUCUGGAGCUCACCGGCGUGUCGGGACUACAUAUGCUCAAUUAAUUGCUGCACUGGCAGCUGCAUACAAUCUGGGGGACAAGUCUGGUUCAAAGUUAGUAUUCUUUAGCAGUUUCCAGAGUAAUUUGUUAAGCGAUGGCCUAAGGAAUCAGGGUGGGUGGGGCCAUGUCUGGAACAGAUAUGCAGGUCCAUUGAGUUGUCGCAACCAGGCAAAUCAAUGUGCCUUCACACCAGUUCUCCCUUCUGCUUGGUGGGACGGUCUUUGGCAGUCUCCAAUUCCAAGGGAUAUUAACCGUCUUGCAUCUUAUGGCGUCAGAUUAUCUGGUCUUGGCACCAUUGAUGGCAAUUCUCUUAAAAAUCACUGUAAGAAAAAGAAAAAUGUUGUACGAACCAUUACAUUCAAAAUGUAG